AUGGACCGCAGCUUGGACGAAAUAAUUGCGGAACGUCCUGUAAGGCUUUCAGCUGCUCUAGUAAUUAUGGCUUAUGCCGCCUUGCCUUGCCAUGCCCAGAUCACUGACGCGAGAACUCUGCAGCAGAAUCAGAACCAGAAUCGAGGCCGCCGCCCUCAAGGUCAGGGUCGUCGCCGUGAUGGUGUCAAAAAGGUCCUCCCUCCUCUUCUCCUUUCGAACCCUCGCGCAUCGGACUGGGUCCACGAUAGAUUCGAAGACGACAGAGAUGCACGCCCCUCCCGUGCCCCCCGACGUCCGCGUGGUGACCGGUAUUCCCCUUCACCAGAACAUGCACCCACGGGAUCGAAACUUCGCAUUGAGAACCUUCACUAUGACAUCACUGAGAGCGAUCUUGAGGAUUUGUUCACCCGGAUUGGACCUAUCAACAAUGUAUCUCUUGUCUACGAUCGCGCAGGUCGCUCCGAGGGCGUAGCCUACGUCACAUACAACCGCAGCGGCGAUGCACGAACUGCUAUAAGCGAGUUCGAUGGCGCAAACGCCAAGGGCCAGCCUAUCCGAUUGACGAUUGUUUCUUCAGGCGGCGGAAGACGGGACCGAAAUCCAUUCGAUAAUGUCCAAAGACCCAAGGGAAGCCUCUUUGAUCGAGUUGAACGGCCGCGCGGCCGAGACACUCGGAGUCUAAGCCCUGGUAGCGGAAGCGAAAGUGCCGACGGUGCUCGCCGUCGCCGGGGUGGAGGUGGUGGUGGUGCUCGCCGUGGUGGUGCUGGCCGUUACCGACGCAGCGAUGUCUCGAAGCCGCCUCCAGAUCACAUCGAUCGGUAUGUACCGGGGCAGCGGUCGCCGACUCGCCGACCUGCCAACGGGCGAAGACAGGGUGAAAGCCGUCGCGCUGCCAAUGGACGACCCCGGAAGACGCAGGAGGAGCUCGACCAGGAAAUGGAAGACUACUGGGGCGGCGCGAAGGGCACAUCUGACAAGACUGCCACGUCGGAGGCACCGCAGCAGACUUCCCCUGCGCCUGCACCUGCAGCCACAGCUCCCACCGCGGGCGGAGACGACGAUGUUGACAUGAUUGAGUGA